AUGGAGGGCUUCGAUGCCAUGCCCUACCUGGCCAGUCCGCUGUCGUUCGGGAAUCUUCAGGGUACUGAUUACCUUAAUGCAAUACCUGGAAUGGAUCUUCCAGAUCAUCGUUCUAAUUUCGACUCGGAUACCUUUGUGAGCGGUGAUGACAUUGCUUUCGCUCAGCAUGGUUUACCGACGUCAACUUUGAAACGCUUUCCUUCCAGUUAUGAAGACCCUUUUACAGAUAUCGUGACCCCGUUCGAGCCCGCUCCCCCCGAACAGCCCCCGGAUUCCUCCAUAGACCACAACAAUAAGUUGUUGAGCUUCUCCAUACCUGUUUACAACUUUACUUUGCGGGACUAUUCGUUGCGGCGGACUUCAUUAUCCCUGACGGCUCAACUGCAUGGCAUGUUCUUUCUGGCCGAAUCUCCGUGGACUACCUCCCCCUCUGAGAAUGCGCCUCCGCAACAGGGCGCCGAGUUGACCUGUUAUCGUCGCAAUCUUUUUCAGAUCACUGGCUCUGUCACCUUGCCUCGCAGUCUGCGCUAUAUAAUGACCGACCAAGGCGACCGAAUACCGAUUUUGGCGCAAGAACUCACCGUUUCGGCCACCGAGUCGGUGGAGGGAAAUCCAGUUAAGAUCAUCUCCGUACCGUGGAAGACUCCCGCCGCCAAUGGCAACCCACCCCUCGAAGACAACAGUAACACCAAGGUUGAGAGAGAACCCCCACCCCUCCCGUUGGAUAUCAUGGCUGGUCAAGACCUCGACACCGACUAUGCUACUUUCCCUAUCGCAUGGAAGCGGCUGCAGUUCCGUGUCGCCACGGCCAAUAACGGGCGAAGGAAGGAGCUGCAGCAGCAUUUUGUUGUACGGCUCCGAGUCGUCGCGACUUUGUCCACCGGUACCAAGAUCCCUAUUUGUGAAGUACAUUCAGGUCCCGUCAUUGUCCGUGGCCGCAGUCCCCGUAACUUCCAAUCUCGCAAGGAUCUUCCCUUGAGUGGCAGUGCCGCUGCAUCGAGAAAGAGUGCCCAGGCCCCUGCGUCUGCUACAGUCAAUCGAACCCCUACCAGUGAAUCCGUUCCCCGAGCCAGUCUCACCCCAGCCAAGGCCAAGUCGACCGCUAAGAGCAGCUCGCCAGAGAUGUCUGCCCCCCAAGCUGGGGUAGCUCUUCCACAACAGGCUUCCCCGGAUUGGUCCCAGAUCCCGCAGUCUGCGGGUAAUGCGAUCUCACCUGCUGCCCCCUUACCUCAUACCUCAAUCUAUCAGCAGUCCAGCCCCGAUUACUCUCGCACGGCAGAAUCGCAACAACGCCAGAGCUCGGUCGCGGCUCCCAUUCAUUUAUCACUUUUGGACGAUGACCAAGGCGGUGACCACGCCGUUAAUUUACAUGAUCCGGCCAGAUCGACUUCUUCAUACCCCAAUGAUGUCUCCCAAAAGUCUUUGGGCAUGGAUAACCCUGCGCCACCGGCGAAAAUGCGCAAAUUAUCUCAUAAUAUACAUCAGACACACUCUCGGCAACCCUCGUCAUCGCUUCCUCUUCUUAAUACCGCAAGUUUGCAGCAGCCAUUUGCGUCCUCGCUUCCUUUUCCCAAUGAAAGUGCCGAUUUGUUGUACGAAUACUUUCCUCUUGGCUUGGAUGAUUGGCAAGCACCAGUCGAUGCCGUGUAUCGACCGCAUGUGGUCCAUCACACCAAUAUGCCAGAAAUGAAGUUUGUCGCAACUCGAGGUAAAAGCAAGCGGUAUUUCGCCGCUGAAGAUGUUUUUUAA